AUGAAGAGGGUUGGGAUGUCUUCAGUGCCUCUUACAACUUAUAUCGAGCAAUUGAAGGCCUUGGAUGGCCUCCUGCAGGUUUCCGGGAAGCCGCAGAAUCUGCGCAUCGUUGGCGAGGAGCUCUACUGGCUGCAGGGCAUCGAACAGGAGUUGUACGCCGUGAGUCUCGUGGAUGAAAACGCAAUUCCAAGGCGUGUCAUUGCACCACCGGAAGAUGCGGGGUGCGAGAGUACACCCACGAAGUCUCAGCCAAGGUCCAAGGAGGAGGAAUUACUACGCGAACGGCUUCGCAGCCAAGUGAGCGGUAUUAGUGGUUAUCAAAUUGUCCCCUCCGACGGCACCGUGUUUUACACCUCUGGCACGAGCAUGUUCAUGUACCGUCCGUCAAAUGCCAGGCCUCCUUUGAAUAUUUUUGAUUGCAUCGACGAAGAGGAGUCUCGGCGCCACUUUGGCGAUAGGAAGAGGCCGUUUCUCUGUCUCCAGCACCUCCAGUACCCUGAAAAGCCCGGAAGCACAGGGGGGAAUGCCGGACGGUCACUCAACGUCAUCAGCUUCGUGUAUGGAAGUAACUUGUAUAUUGCAACUGUCGUGGAGCAGGAUGAUACACGUGCGGCUCCCAUUCAUGUCGAGGUGGAGUGUGUGACAAACUUUGGAGAUGCAUUGCAUGAAUGUGGAACAGCCGAUUACAUUAUGCAAGAGGAGUUUGGUCGCUACACAGGACACUACGCCACGGAGAAUUAUGUAUUGUUCAGUUACACCGAUACAUCCAUGCUGAAAAACGUAUCCCUCAUCGACGGCAGUGACAAAUCAAGUGUGGAGACGAUGCCAUAUGCCUGGGUUGGGGAUCCCAAUGCUCGGACGUUGCUCGUCGUGUACGUGCGGGAAACCAAAUGCUUCCGUGUGGUGCCAGAGAAAUCAAUCUCGGCAGUGGCACCGUGGGCAGAAUACAUGCCCCGCUUUGGAUUCAAGGAUGAUGAGACGAUUUAUUUCUCAUUGCUCAGUCGCACGCAGGAGCGGUACUGUGUCCUGUCAUGCCUUAUCGACUCCCUGCCGGAGGUGGACGUCACGGCGCUGUCGUCGUACUUCUUCACAGAUCCUGCGAACAGGGACACAACGACACGAAUAAUGGUCUCGUUAACCACGGAGUGUGAGGAGCACAUCCCGUGGGCGUGGGUGGACGUACCACGGGGUCCUCCCAUUCUUUUUGGAAGCACCCACGACGUUCUUCUCCGCCAUGCCACCGAAACAAAGACGGCAAAUUGGCACAUUUACGUGCGGGAUCUGGCGGCGGACAGCAAGGAGGAAUGGCGUCCACUGACAAAAGGAAACUGGAACGCAAAACCCGGCAGCUUACGGCUUCUGCAAGACCGUGUGGUAUUCAUGGCAAAUGCGGACGGCAGGCUUGGUAAUGCCCUUUACAGUGUUCCGCUGGGCUUCUCUUCCGUGGAACCCGCAACAGCCGCGCAACUCACACGAUUGUCACCUUCUCACGAACACGUGUACAGUUUCACAGUUCGGAACGGCUACAUCUGCUAUGUUGCGAGCACAGCAGAGACACCCCCACAGUUGUACAUUGCCUCGCUUCUUUCACCCGAAUCACGGCGUCUCGUUCAAACAAAGGUUCAGGAUAGCGACAAAAAAGGUGCUGUUGAUGAAGGAAAAGGCACCCCAAUUUCGUUUCUGCACAGUGAUGACCUUAUCAAGACCGAACUUGUCACCACCAUCAGCCGACGCGGUGUUCCACUCAGUGGUCGAUUGUUCAGGUCGCCCACCGCUGUCCCGGGCACGCCAGCUCCGCUAGCCAUGUAUGUUUACGGCGGACCACAUGCCCAGCUGGUUUACGAAAAUGACUACGAACUUAUUUGCAAGCCACUUUUUCAGGUUAUGGCAAAGAACGGCAUCUCCGUCCUGGUUGCAGACGGGCAAAUGAGUAAUGCCAACGGUCUGGUGGAUCUCCGUAUCUGCAAGCAUAACAUGGGGAACUUUGAAACGUCAGACUACGUAGACCUUGCAAAACAUGUCACAGCUUCUCCCCUCCAGCCGAGCGGUUUUAUUGCCGAUCCCACAAGAAUUGCCAUCUUUGGGUGGUCCUACGGAGGGUAUGCAACGCUUCUGGCGAUGUCACAGGCGUCCGAUACAUUUAAGAUUGGCUUUGCCGGCGCUCCAGUGACUGAUUGGACGCUUUACGACACGGGAUACACAGAGCGAUACAUGGGUGAGCUUUAUUCCAGUGAUGCUGGCGCCGUGGAGGCCCAAAAGAGGAACGUCAAAAGCGCUGCGUACACAAAAAGUACAAUUAGCCAAUUUGUUACCGGCCUCCCGGAUGAUCUGAAUCGCCUAUUCAUCGCCCAUGGUCUUCUGGAUGAGAAUGUUCACUUCACCCACUCCUGCGCUCUCAUCAACGCAAUGGUUGCUGCGGGAAAGCCGUUCAGUAUCCUCACUUACCCGGGUGAGCGUCAUGGGCUUCGACAAAAAAAAGUCUCUCGUCUCCACCAUGACGCGAUGCUGAUAAAAACACUGGUAGAAAUGUUGUGA